AUGUACGAUAUAAAGGAAAUAUUACUCUGUGAUUGGACCACACAAAUGAGUACUGAUCUUCCUUUUUACUGUGUCUGGCGCAAUGGGAAAUUGGCUGAGAAGACUGAUUCGUUGCUGAAGUAUUCAUGGAAUAGCAAUGUUUCCUUCUACUUGGGCUGCAGCUUUGGUUUUGAAAGAGCUUUGCAAGAUGCUGGUGUGCCUGUUCGGAACAUCGAUCAGCAUUGCAAUGUUUCAAUGUUUAAAACAAAUGUAGCAUGCCAUGCAGUGGAUCUGUUUCACACUAACCUCGUAGUAUCAAUGAGGCCUAUUCCACGUUCAUUAUUGAAAACAAGUGUAGAAGCAACGGACAGGUUGAUUGGGGCUCAUGGAGCACCAAUACAUAUUGGUGAUCCAAGUGAAAUUGGUAUUUACGAUCUCUUGAAUCCUGACUUCGGAGAUGCAAUAGAUUUUGAAGAGGGUGAUGUUCCUGUGUUUUGGGCAUGUGGAGUGACAGCAUUGGAGUCGAUAUCAAAGUCAGGAGCUGAUUUGGCAUUUACUCAUUCACCAGGUUGUAUGUUUGUAUGUGAUGUUCCGAGUGAUUAUGGUGGAAAAAUGGACAGGACUGUUCCUAUAGAGAUUGUCGAUGUGACAGCAUCAGAUCAGUCAUUCUCAGCAAGUCUUGUGUCAUUGUCUAUUGCCGAGAAAAUUAGGCAGCUUCAGAACCAAAUUUCCAAGUCUAUGUAUAAAAAUGAGCUUUUGACGUUAUCAGCUGUUAUAUCACAGUCGCGUUCAGUUGCUGUAUUACUGCAUUCUUCUCUAAGUGGAGAUGAAGUGAAAGGACUUAAGAUGUUGUUACAUGCUCUCGCUUGUUGUAAGGUGGAGACUAUAAUGGUUGGUGUUGAUGCCCAGUACUCUCAUAUGCAAUCAGAUGUCGAGAACAUAGCACUACUAUUCAAUGAAUGUCACGGGAGUGUAUCUGUCGCAACUGUUCAACAGAUGCUUACUGAAGAAUGUAACCACGUGAUCAUUGUUGCAAACUGUACAGAGAGUGAGCAGACACUGUCAGAAUGUUGUCAAAUGUUCAAGUCAGUAAAAUGUCAAAUUGUUGUGUUGGGAUGUCACUUCUCUUUGGUCGAUGUUGAGUUGAUGAACAUUGACUGUAGCCUUGUUCAUGCUCUUGGUGCACUGACAUUGAGUCUCUGUCUGCUUCAAUCUUGUGCAGUGCAUGUGAGGUAUGCAGUUAAGGGCAUAUGUGAAGGCAAUGUGCCGGUUGUUAGCAUUAGUGACCAACUGUCUUCUGUGAAGAUACCAGAGUGCCUUGAAGACUUGUGGGUGUUUGCAGUAAACUCAUAGAAUCUCAGCUGCAAGUUAUAUGUGCAAGAAAGUGUAAUGUAAUGGUUUGAAACAUUGGCCAUUUUGUUUCCUAAUUGCUCUCAUAUUUGUACUGGA